AUGAUUCGUCUACUUUCCAUUCUAUUUAUCAUAUUUUUGAGCUACGAGGCUCUUGCCGCACCAGCUCUCUAUCGACCUCUUCGCAAAGGCAAGUCCUUCAAGGUCGAGCGUAUCAAGCGCAGUGGCUAUGUUCGCAAUGGUCCCGCUGCUCUUCGCAAAGCCUAUCGCAAAUUCGGCGCUACUGGAUCUCACAUGGACUAUCCCGACUCAAACGAUGGUGAUUUCGACCCAUAUCCCAGUGGCAUGAGGGACCAGAGCUCUUCUACGACGAGUAGUUCAAGCUCUGCGUCAAGUAGCUCGAGCGCUACUACCAGUACAGACCAAGAAGGAACUGUUAGCGUGACAUCCGUCGAUGAUGGCGAGGAAUUUGUAUCUCCUGUUCUCAUCGGAGGUCAAAACAUCACGCUGGAUUUUGAUACUGGUUCUGCCGAUAUGUGGUUGAUCAACUCCGAGCUCCCAUCCGAAGACACAGAAGGCCACGAAGUCUACGACCCAUCAUCCUCCAGUACCUUCGAAUACGUGGAAGGCGAUUUCGAAGUUGAAUACGGCGACGGCUCAUACGUAGCUGGGUACUUAGGAAAAGACACCGUCAGUAUCGGCGGGGUAGAAGUAGCCGAUCAAGUGUUCGGUCUUCCUGUCGAGGUAUCCAGUACAUUCAUUGAAGACACAAGCUCGAACGGAUUAGUUGGACUCAGCUUUUCCUCGAUCAACAGCUUCAACCCUGGACCACAGAAGACCUUCUUCGAUAACGUCGCUCCAGACCUCGACGAGCCUGUCUUCACGUCGCGAUUGCGUAGCGAUGGGGUUGGAGAGUAUGGAUUCGGGACAAUCGAUCAUAGCUUGCACAGUGGUACCCUGGCUAAUGUCAGUGUCGACUCGUCAAAUGGAUAUUGGCAAUUCAAUUCGACUACGUUCAAGGUUGGCGAUGGUCAUUCGUGGAAUAUCUCUGAUACGACGAUUUCCAUUGCUGAUACCGGCACUACCUUGUUGUUGGUUAGUGCGGAUGUGGUCUCUUAUUAUUAUGGAGAGGUCUCUGGCUCGACUUACUCCAGUAAGGUUGGUGGAUAUAUCUAUCCAUGCGACGCUGAUCUACCUGAUUUGGCGUUGGGUAUGGGAGAGUCUUCUUACCAGGCGGUUGUUCCUGGGUCUGUGCUAAAUUAUGCGGAGGUUGGAACGAAUUCCACCACCGGUGAAACGAUGUGCUAUGGUGGUGUACAAUCCUGUGCUGGAUAUGGGUUCCAAAUCUUUGGAGACAUCUUCCUCCGGUCAUUCUAUGUUGUCUUCGAUAAGCGUGGACCAUCUUUGGGGGUUGCCUCUUCCAGCUGA